UUACACAAGCAAGUGGAACACAAUUGGCACAAAAUGAGAGUUUGGAUGCUUCAUCUACUAAAGGAUGGGCUCUUCCUUCUACAGUUUCUGCAGAAAAAACCACUUCUGCUCCUGGAACCUCAGCUUUUGGCAGACCUGGAAGCAGUUCUGGAGACAAGAAAGAGCCAGAGAGUGAUAUCCACUAUUCUAGCAUUAUCUUGCCAAUUGUCAUCACCUUGAUAGUCAUCACUCUCUCUGUCUUCUCACUGGUGGCUUUGUACAAAAUGUGCCAGAAGAAAACUCCAGAGAGACAAGAGAAUGGCACUGAACAGGCCCAGUCAGAUAAGGAAGGAGUCAAACUUCUUUCUGUGAAAACAACUUCUUCUGAGACUG